AACGAAAGAGAGCUGAAGAUAAUAUCAAGCUAAUAAAGAUGAAUAAUUGAGAAUAAUAAUUUACUUAAUUACAAAUGUGAAGCUUUCUCCUCGUUUUUCUCUCCUAAUUUCUCUCUCCUUCUGCCAUUUCUUCGCUUAAAUACCUUCUUAAAAAUAAUAAAUUUUUUUAAUUUUUUUUCUUGAUAUUGAUUGGCAUCAUUUAUUCAUUUAUUUGCUUUCAUUUCUAUUUAACCUUUCUCUGAGGAUUUUUUUUUCUGCACAGUUGUGUCUUUUUUGCUGUGGGGUUGAAUUUUUGGAUCUCUCAAUGUUUUGCUCAUUCUAUGCUCAGAUCUUAUUUGUGCUUUUUCACAAAUUACGGUGUUCUGUUUUUAACCUUUUUUCAGCUCUUAGUUCAUUCAGAAACUACAUCUGAACUUUUUCAAGGAUUCCAAUUUUGGUAACUCAAAGAUUUCAGCUUUGGGUUUUGGCAUCUUGGUCCGAUUCAGGUCCUUAUCCUGCUGAUUGAAUGGUUCUGAGCUGUAGGAUUGGCCGUGUGAUUAAAAGGAGAUGAGUCACACGACAAAUGAGAGCGACGAUGGGGUGCUUUCCAGGGAUCAAAUUGAACCCCCAUUGGCUGAGGAAGGUAGCUCCGGUGGAAGUGCAAAUGGAGGAGUCGUGCUGAAAAAAGGGCCAUGGACAUCUGCUGAAGAUGGAAUUUUGAUAGAAUAUGUGAAGAAGCAUGGGGAAGGGAAUUGGAAUGCGGUUCAGAAGCAUUCAGGGCUUUCCCGAUGUGGCAAAAGCUGCAGAUUACGGUGGGCCAAUCACCUGAGGCCUAAUUUGAAGAAAGGGGCAUUUACUCAAGAAGAAGAACAGCUAAUCAUUGAACUCCAUGCCAAGAUGGGAAACAAAUGGGCACGCAUGGCUGCACAUUUGCCUGGUCGUACGGACAAUGAGAUAAAGAAUUACUGGAACACCCGAAUUAAGAGGCAUCAACGGGCUGGCUUACCUCUUUAUCCUCCUGAAGUCUCAUUUCAAGCAUCGCAGGAGAGACAACUAGGCCUUAAUGUUAGUGGAAUCAACACCAGGGACAAAGGUCAUCAAGAUCUCUUGCGAACCAACAGUUAUGAGAUACCUGAUGUUAUAUUUGACAGUUUAAAGGCCAACCAUGGCAUCUCACCUUAUGUGCCUGAACUUCCUGGUAUUACUGCAAGCAGCAUACUAGUGAAAAGUCUGAGUUCUUCUCAAUAUGGUAGCUUCAUGUCGCCAAUGAUGCAUCGUCAAAAGCGUCUUCGAGAAUCAAUGGCCUUAAUCCCUGGUUACAGUGGCAGUGUAAAAACUGAUUCCCCCCUGUUUGACCAGUUUCAGGAUAAUUCUUUUGACAAAGUUGCCCAAUCCUUUGGGUUGUGUUUCCCAUUUGAUGCUGAUCCCACCAACAAGAACCCACAGUCCUUUGGUGGCAAUCGGGGUAGCCAUACCCUUGCAAAUGGCAAUUUCUCUGCUUCAAAGCCCACCUCUGGGCUUGUGAAGAUGGAGCUCCCUUCACUCCAAUAUCCAGAAGAUGGUUUAGGUAGCUGGGGGACGUCCCCGCCACCUUUACUUGAAACUGUUGACACUUUUAUCCAGUCUCCACCUACAGGGACAGUUGAGUCUUCUCCACGUAAUAGUGGCCUAUUGGAUGCUUUACUUCAUGAGGCUAAAACUCUAAGCAGCACAAAGAAUCAUUCAUCCGACAAGAGUUCAAAUUCAUCUACGGUUAUUCCUGGUGAACUUGCUGAAAGUUCUGCCUUGAAUAUUUGUGAGACAGAAUGGGAAGACUUAGGUGAUCCCCUUUCCCCACUGGGUCAAACUGCAACUUCUCUUUUCACUGAGUGCACUCCUAUAAGUACCUGUGGAAGUUCUUUGGAUGAACCACCUGCUACUGAGACCUUAACUGGUUGCAAUGCAAAAUCAGAACUAGUUGAUCAAGCCUGGAGUCCAGAAAGAGAGAAGGAAACCACUACUCUGUUGGAUGUUACUUGCCCUGAUAUUUUGCAAGCUUCCGAUUGGCUUGAACAGGGUUCUGGUUAUAUUAAGGACCAAGUCGUUAUGAUGGAUAACAUAGCAACCCUUCUUGGUGAUGAUUUGAGUAGUCAUUAUAAGCAAAUGUCUGCUGGAGCUUCUACAUCAAAUCAAGGAUGGAGGCUUGGUUCUUGUGUUUGGAAUAACAUGCCUGCUGUCUGUCAAAUGUCUGAACUCCCUUCAGAAAACUGCUAUCUAUCAAAUUUAUGAACUUUUGAUACUCUGCGGCUUCAUUGUAUUGAUCAUAUCUUCAAUUGGGUAGUCAGGUCCUGGCUUCAUUUAGGGCAAGACUUGUCCUUGCUUAGUGAAACAGGGCAAUGUAUGUAUGCCAAUUUGGAACUUAAUGAAGUAUACAAAUGUAUCGUGGUCUAUGUUAAACUUGUUGAAUAACUAUGCAUUUCAACUCAUGAUUAAAUUUGUCGAAUAACUAUGCAUUUCAACUCAUGAUUUUUGGUCA